GGCCUUCCACACGGUGCCAACCUUCCGGUGUGUGAGAAUCGCCUGAAAUUUCGUGGUUAUUUUUCCAGCGUGAAAACAAAAAUUUGGUGCAAAUAAUUGUGGUUAUGCAAACUUUUCAUUACCUGUCCAAAUAAAAAAAUGCUUUUGUAAAAUAAGAAUCACAAAAAACAGAUUCGACAAAGACGCGAUAAAAAUGAAAUAAUUUUCAUUCGGCAAUUGAUUGAAAAAGUGGAAAGCGAACCAGUCAAGUUUGCGUUUGCGUUGUACGCGUGAUAAAAAUUUACUUCAAGUUUCCACUCAUUAAAAAUUGACAAGCAUCAAGGAACUUAUUCUUUGAUUCUUUCUUUUCUUAUGUAAAUAAUGAAUUUCGACAUGGUUUCGAUGUGACCGAAUAAAUGAGUUUGAGAACAUAUGAGUUACGCAAAAUACACGGCCACAUCGGCACAGCGAACGGAAAAUGAGUUUUAUUAAUUAACCCUAUUUUACGACUCAAUUAUCGCUCAUCAUUUAUCAUUUACUUUCGGCACCGUGUCUCAUCGUCGUUUCACUUAACCUCAAGUUUCCUGCCAUUUGCCUAUCCAUGACGACGAUGGAUUCGGAUUCGGCGAGCCAGGACAGCGACGACGGUCGUCGUUUUCGUUUCGAGGCGACUCGAAAGGAUUCGAAUUCGGGUAUUGAUACGCGGCGGAAAAAGAGUUUGUCCCCUCGUCGGCAGGAACCGGCGAGACGAUCGCGAUCGCGGGAACACAAGAACCGUCAGCGGCACGAUCGGUCUCGAGAGCGGCAAGAGCAGCACCGAAAGAGGCGGGAAUUCAGGGAUUCGGGGGGACGAGAAAGUUCGAAAAAUUCUCGGACUCUCGACAGGCUGGUGCCACACUCGGCGCAUCGUAGCUCUUCGCCGAAAUACGAUCGUCGGGAGUCUCGAAACUACGAGAAUAAACGGUCCCGGGAAUAUUCCUCGCAGGACAGGAAAGACUCGAGCGAGAGACGCGACAGGCAUCGGGACUCGAAGCGUUUUUCACGGGAUCGUAGUCGCGAUAGAAACUCCCAAAGCUCGAGCACAAAGACGAAUGAUUUUCCACGCUCCCGGGAUCACAAUUGCGAGGACUCUGGAUCGAGCAAAAAAUCUAGGUCGAUCGAACCGGGCAAAAGUUCUGAGGAUAAUCCUGCUAAGAGGGAAUCAAAUGCGCAGGAAUACAAAGAACUGAAUCUCUCAGAUUUCGACAUCAUUUCCGACACUGAAGAAAUCACUUCGGACGAAUCCAGCUCCCGGAGGUCUCGCGACCGAGAAAAGUCCCAAACAUCCGAAAACGAUGACGAUCUCAAGAGAAAAGUGUCGAAGCACCAUUACGAACGUUUGCUCAAAAGACAAGCGACGAAGAGGCGUCGGAGCAGCGAAGACCUGAACUGCCCCAAGCAAAUCAACGGAACCGGUGAGCCCAGCGAAGUACCAAAUUUUUCACUCAACGAUAAGAGAAUCAAGGACCCGAAGAUGGAUAUUUCAACCGAAAAAAUAGGGAGUCGCGAGGAUCUCGCUUACGAAUCCGACGGUGAAGUCGUGGACGAGCUGAGCUGGGGCCCAGCGUUACCGCCGAAUAAGGAGCGGGACGAAAAAGCCUCGCGAUCUCGCGACAGUCCCACUUUCCAAAGUUCAGAUAAAAAAGUUGAGAAAAAUGCAAGAAUCCUCGGACCAGAAUUACCCCUUAAUUUUCGUCCUUGCGACCACUCCAACGAUGAAGAAACCGAAGACACUUUUGGCCCAGUCUUGCCACCUCAUUUAAGCUCUCGGAAGAAUAUUGAGGAGGAUAAAGCUGCGGAUUCUGCGUCGGAAGACAACGACGACUAUGUUGGUCCUCUGCCGAUGGACCAUCCCGCCAUGGAAAAUGAUAUGGUUCAACAUCAACUAGAAAUGAGAGCGAGGAGACUCAAAGCUGAAUUGGCUGCGUGUGAUAAGGAGGAAGAGAAAAAACGUGAAGAAUGGAUGACCGAACUGCCACCUGCGAAAGGUGUGAACCUCGGGCUUGGGCCCCGGAAGUUUAGGAUUAGGCCAGCUCCGGAUAUGUCGGACAGAUCGUCCUGGACCGAUACACCAGUCGAUAGAGCUCGAAAGCGAAUGGAAAAGUUGGAAAACAAAUCAGUUCCUGAGCCAACGAUAAGUAAAGAGAGAGUUCGAGAGACUAGGCACGAAGCAGAGAAAUCGCAGAGGCAUCCAAAAUCCUUGCUGGAAAUUCACCAGAAAAAAAUGCACAAGAAAAAGAAGAAGGAAGAAAAGGAGGCAAAGAAAAAUGGCAAAAAAACUGAGCGACGACCCUUCGAUCGCGACGUGGACCUUCAAGCGAAUCGUUUUGACGAGGCACGAAAGAAAAGUAUGUUUCUUCACGCUCGACAUCUCGACGAUCGAUUUUCCCGUGGCAAAAUUUGAGCUGAAAGAAUAUGGAAAAGUAUGACGCUUCGAGGUGUGCCUUCAACGAAAAAUGGAAGCUCAACGUUAUUUUUUUCAUUAAAAAACUGAUAAAAAUCAUCUCCAUUUUUUCAUCUGUUCAUUAUUAUUAUUAUUAUUAUUGUUUUUAUUAUUAUUGUAAUUAUCUUUUGCGAAAUAUCGAGACAGCCAUGAACGCUGGGAUAUACAUAAGUGUGUAUAAUAAAUAACGAUUUUUUUAAA